AUGUCGCCUCCGGGACGACAAAUCCCUUCACCCUUACUGCUGCCAUCAGGGCCUACAAAUCAUUCGACAGAAAAUCUUUCCGUGCGAACCACAAAUGAUACUGACUAUUCACAAAAGAGACAGUCAUUGGAUGCUAGUUCCUUGGAAUUUGACUACGUGUCGAGAUCCACUUUACUCGAACAUGAGCACGGACUCGGUCCAUCGGGUUUACAACGUAUCCGGCAAGCUCCAACUCUCCCAAAAAUAUCAAAUUCUGCCUUCACCUCCCCAAUCGCACCUCAAAGUGCGGCCUCGUCGCGGUCACCAUCGAUACAUUUCUCAACCGAUCGAUCCCCUCUCGGCCUCGAGGAUCUGCAUCGCUUUCCUUCGGAAUCCCUCCAUUCGUUUUCGUUCGCCCAGCAAUCCGAAGACUUUCUACACAAUAGACAAAACGUGUUGAAACGAUCCAUUGACUUCAUGAAAGAUCGGUUUGGCUUUGCAGCGAGCAAUGUCCAUCUUGCUAACGCACAGGCUCGGCUAAGUGGAGACGCGGACAUUCAGAGUAUGAUGGAAUUGGUAGCUAAGGCGAAUCUGCUGGAACAUGACGAAAACCACAAUGUGCACUCAGGCUUAGCAAAAGGCCCUCUAACUGGUCCGCCAGAUAUUGAAGGUGCCAAUAUAUUUGAAAAGGCGUUCGCGAACGCAGAUGAUCCCCUGUCGCAGACCACAGGUGAACAUUCGUCGGGAAAUGGAACUACCUCGCCCCAACAAAUUCUUAGAGGAAGUCAAUAUUUAAGUCCUAUUUCAGAUGAUCAUUUAACAUCUCAAAUACGGUGGAUGAGGUCUGCACCUUCAUCGAGGCGUGUUAAUCUAAAACGAACCUUCACGGAUCUGAGUUCAGUUGCACUUCAAAAUCAACUCACGGAGGCUCUAGCUCAGCCUUACUCGACUGGUGAAAUGCCUUCUCAAAGCGGCAUUUUCCCUUAUGGCCUAAGCAGUAGUGCGUCAAGCCUUCACACUCAUAGUAGUAAAUGGUCUCCCUUUUCGCAGGCUGUGUUCACAACAGGAUCAAAAGCGCCCUGGACGAUUCUCGCUGCCAAUGAUCUUGCAUGUCUAGGCUUUGGUGUGACAGAAGCUGAAGUCAAAAAUCUAAGUAUCUUAGAUCUCUUCCAAAAGGAGAGGACGCAGUGGCUGGAGUCGAAGUUACGGAAGCCUCCUCUGGAUAAUUCAAGCAAGCCCGAUCCACAGGAGAAACCGAAAACGAACACCGUCAAUUCUCGCUUCUUCGGUAUGGGAAACGGCGUGACUGCACACCUACUCAGCAAGCCCCCUUCACACGCGGCAAAAGCUCGAAGAGCGAAAACCGAGGGUGGCAAUGACACCAGUCCUGAUGGCACAAGAUCCGCCCAGAAACCGAAUCACGCUUCCAAGAAAUCUCGUGGUGUUUUACUGUGCGGUGAUGUCGUACCAAUCCAGAAGAGGAAUGGGUUAACAGGGUCAGCAAGCGUCUGGGUGAUCGAAAAACGUGGGGGGUUGAUAUGGGUAUUGGAAGAAAUUGUAGAAAAUACGGCCUAUUUACACUUUGAUGAUGCUGGACGAUUAGUCGAGAGUCAUGGGGAUAUUGAGCCUAUUUGGGGAGUAAAGAUGCUCAAGGCUGGCGUUCCUAUCACGGAUAUUAUUCCAAACGUCCCGCAACGCCAGAAAAAGAAUGAUGCAGAAGAUGUGUUCCGAGAGAUUGUCGAGUUGAAGUACUUCACGGCGCUGAUACAAAAUGAGGCGUCCAUCCCGAUUACCAUUACUGAAUUAUCGUCUCCUCGUGAUCUUCGUAUCUCCCAUUUCCCACAUGUUGCCGGAAUUGUGGUUGCGUCUGCAACAACUCUGCAUGUUAUCAGCGCGAAUUCCGUAUUCUCUGCUGCCCUUUUUGGCCAGGAGCAUCUUAAAGGUUUAAUGAUUACGGAUUUAAUCCCACAUUUCGAUGAAUACCUGAACAUUUUGACGGAAGAAGAUAAUGUUCCCUUGGUUGAUGGUAUGGUGAUACCAGAGCAUAGCUUCAGAAAAGCAAGGGCGCUGUUGGUCCUUCGGGAGGGGAAAGCUAAUGCUGCAUCUUUAUUUCUCAGACCUUACGGUCUCCCAUCACGUCACCGCGACGGAAAAGAGAUUAUGGUGGAUGUUCAAAUGCGUGUGGUUAAAAGCGAAACCAUAUUUCCUGGAAACUCGACGCCUGACAUCAACGAACGUCCAGCGCUAGACGAUGAAAGUGGAGCACCUGUUGCCGUUACUGAAGUUGUAUAUGCGUUGUGGAUAACAUACUCACGGCAAUUCCACUCAAUUAUGCAAGAGGAGAACAAUUUUCCCCAAUCACUCUCGGCGAAAUCCCCCUCUAUCCCACAACAGCCUUCCCCUGGUCAGCGUUCACCAACUUUACCCCCCAUAGAGACUCCACGCGUCGAUUCGCCAUUGAUUGAGAACCAAGCUCAGCAGUCCCUCCUAUCGUUGCAAUUAAACGAAGCUGCAUCGGAACCUCUGACAGACAAACCCGUCCAGCCAAUGCCUGAAGUAAGAAACGCAGGGCUCAGGAAAGAGAUGCCAAAAAAGAAAUCGAUAUCAGAAUAUGUCAUCCUAGAGGAAAUGGGUCAAGGCGCUUAUGGGCAAGUAAAACUGGCGCGCAGCAAGCGGAACCCAGAAAAUAAGGUAGUUCUCAAAUACGUAACCAAGAAACGGAUUCUCGUCGACACGUGGACCAGAGACCGACGCCUCGGAACUGUCCCCUUGGAAAUUCAUGUGCUAGAUUACUUGCGCACAGACGGCCUAAGGCACCCUAACAUCGUCGAGAUGAAGGGCUUCUUCGAAGACGAUGUCAAUUACUACAUCGAGAUGGUUCCUCAUGGGCUUCCGGGCAUGGAUUUGUUUGACUACAUUGAACUGCGGUCGAAUAUGGAUGAGGACGAGUGCCGGAAUAUCUUCUACCAGGUCGUCGAUGCGAUCCAUCACCUCCAUACGAAGGCACAUGUUGUGCAUCGUGAUAUCAAAGAUGAAAAUGUCAUUCUUGAUGGGGAGGGAAAGAUCAAGUUGAUUGAUUUCGGGAGCGCGGCGUAUAUCAGCAAAGGCCCUUUUGACGUAUUUGUUGGUACGAUAGAUUAUGCCGCCCCCGAAGUCCUCCAAGGUAAAUCCUACGGUGGCAAGGAACAAGAUGUCUGGGCUCUGGGUAUCCUCCUCUACACCAUCGUCUACAAAGAAAAUCCUUUCUACAAUAUCGACGAGAUCCUCGACCACCCGCUGCGCGUUCCAUACCUGCCCUUCUCAGAAGAUUGCAUCGAUCUGAUUCGCCAGAUGCUCGAUCGGGACGUUGAUCAACGCCUCACCAUCGAGGGAGUCAUACAGCACCCGUGGAUGAGACCCGCUGCGUUGGCAGCAGCAGCUUCUGCUUCAAAGGUUAAAUGA